GGUUCUGGAAAAAAGAUAAAGCAUGCUAAGGAAACUCUUGCGAGUUGUAAAUCCUGGGCAGCAAAGAUGAUUCUGGCAUGGUUAGGGCGGCUUUUUAUGACGACUAGAAAUCCAUACUCAAAGACUAUGGUACACAAUGAUCUCAUCUUCCUCUUGGUCAUCGCCUGACAAGAUGAUGGACCCUUUGCUUGUAUCAUUGGUACAUUUCUUCAACACAUAGAGGUGUAGGGAGACAACAUGUAGAUACUGUUAUGGCACCAUUGGAAGCAGUAACCUUUGGAGACAAAAACAUGCUGACUACAGUAGAAAGUAUCAGUAAAAGCAUUAAAGACUCUGUUCCCCUUCAGGACAUCAACAGAUAUGACUGCCUCACCAGCUACAAUGCUGUGGCCUGCACCAGGAACAUGGUGCUUUGUGUGCUAUCAACAUGCACAGCUGCUUUAUGCGUGUUCAAGGUGAUUCGCCUACACAUGCAGCGAAGCCCAGCUUACCAUCACUAUGCCAUCUUUUAUAUUGCAACAGUCAGUUGUAUGAUUGGGGGAGUGAACUGGGUGCUUGGAGGCCUCGUACAACUACACAUCCUGCUUCAGUUUCUCAAGUUGCUGCAGUUCUUAGUGCUGUCACAUUAUUACUGGGUCCUGGCAUCAAGGGCAUUGCGCUGUGAAGCUGCUGUCAAGAAAAUCAUGUACCCAGCUCUGCUGUUUGUUGUUAUCUACUAUGUGGUGACAGUCAGCCUGGGAAUGUUCAAUGUCCGUUCCGGUGCCAAUCAGUGUCUGGAACCAUACUGGUUGCUGAUGUCUGCGGUGGAAGUGGUGUUGGUACAGCUGUUUGUGCUGGCAGCAAUAUACAUAACACGCCGCCUGAAUGAGAUUUCCACCCUGGAUUCUGUACGCUGGGCCCAGAAAAGGGAUCUGUGGUGCAUUGUGGUGGUGUUUGAGUUUUCUGCCAUCUUUACAUUCAUCUUUGAUGUCACUGUCCAGAUAGUUGGAGACAAAGAAACUGGUUGUGGCGCCAUUUUUAACUAUCAGCAGUCACUCUACUCACCUGUGUUGGGGACACUCAUGGUCAUUAAACUGCUCUGCCCAAUCUGGACAAUGCUGGUUGCCUUCCAGCCUGGGGUGGUUGGUUCUGGCAGGGAGACUCAUUGCCCAGGACACAGCGAGGAAGGGACAUAUGGAUCUGCUUACAGCGAUGAUUCUCAGUAUCGCCAGCUCUACCACCCAGCAGACAUGUAUCACAGUGUCAACAACAGUGUCUCUGACAUCUCUCCUUCGCCCACUUCCUCAGACCCACGUCUAGGUUAUGCCAACCCAGCACUGGUGCAUGGCUCCACCACUACCCUAGAGCCCAUAUUGGAGGAAGGGCUAUCCAUCAGCAUUGGAAAAUCCAAGGGUACUCUGGUAGCCACUCGCAACAUUCCCAAGGAGCCAGUAAAAUCCAAAUGCUUCAACUGGCUGCGGUCACCUUCUCCAGCUAAGUUUUAUUUGUAAUCAAGGAGGAGGAGAACAUCCAAACCACCGUGUUACUCCAUUUACGAAACAUUAUUACAAGCUUGCCAUAAUUGUAAGCUAUGUAUGCUUCGGGAGGAGUUUAAAUAUGCCAUUUAGAAGCAACCAUCAAAAUAACAAAAACAAGCUCUGUUUGAGACAUACCUAUAAGUAACAUGAAGAUUUAAAGACACGAGAAGACAAUGAAAUAAUGGAAACCAGGGAAAUUUACAGAAGUCUGAAAAUACAAACUUUAGAUGAACACAUCAGAAAAGGCUUUAAAAAUACCAAGUAUUUUUUUGCUGGUGACCUUUGGUAUUUUAGCAUGUCAAUUUCAGCACCAAUAUAUGCAGGAGUGUUUGGUCUCUGCAGUUAGUCAUCCAAAUGCACUGUUGACAAGUAUGCAUCAAGCCAAAUGCAAGGGCUUGUUCCUCAGAUGGCUAUAGCCCUCUAGUUUCCUGAGAAGUGUUCAGUGCAAUCGCCGAGACAUGUUUCAGAUGUGUCAUGGACAGUUUCGAUGUUCCUGUAAAACUUUGUGUCCAGGCAUGCAUGCAUGAUUGUUUUUCUGAUGAACUAGUCAGUUGGAUGUGUUGUAAUCAUUGUACAUGAUUUUUUUUUUUUGUACUGUCUUAACAGUCUGUUUCAUGAUUUCAAGGCAAAUUUUGCAUGUUUCUCAGAAUACCUGAUCACAUUUCUAUGGCGUAUGGUAAAAGGCAAGGCUUGCUUGGUACCAGACCAGUGCUGGAUGUUUGACUGCAUGUUGUGAUUACUAUAUGGUGGUAUUAAGAAUCAUAAACUACUUUUUCCUCUUGGUAAACAUGUCUCUGUAACCCAGGCAGUGAUGACCUCUGCAAGGUAUGAGCUACAGCCACCUGCAUGCUUUUACCAUGAAUUCACAUUUGAAAUUGUGCAUUUCAGUGACACAGUCCUUCCAUCAGAUUUUACUCCUAAUAUAUAUCUUUGCUUUAUUUCACAGUAGAUCUAUACUAAGCUUAAGCUUUUAAGACUAUAUGUCUAAGCUCCAAGACACAUGUGUGCCAAGAAUGGCAUUUAAUACUAGAAUGACAGUUUUUGUGAAUUUGUUUUUAACACAAUAUGAAAAAAUCUUGUGAACAUUUCUUGACAGAAUUGAUGGCUGGAAAUUGAAGCAUGUUCUCUAUUUGUUUUAGACUGUUUUUAAAACAUUAUUUUAUUUUUUAUCUUUACUUAUGAAAGAAGGAAAAUCAACAGUCAGGAGAUGCACAUCGGUAUAAAAUCCCUUCUGAUGUGAGGUCAAGAAAGGUGACUGCAUGACUGCUUUUGAAUGUCAGCAUCAAACCUAUCUGCAUUUGUUGCAUUUCUUGAAUGCUUGGCUCAGGAGAUAAGACUGGCAACUGUAAGUGUGAUUUGAUUGCAGGCACAAAUAGUAAAUGCAUCAUUCUUUGUUUCUGAAAGUUGUAAUUCAUUGAAGGAAUAUCUCAUGAAAAUAUGAGUUUGCCUUUUGCUAUCAAGUCUAGGGUAUUUGUACCCAACCUGACCACCUUCUCUUUAAUGUUAGAAUUCAUUUAGUGACUCGUGCUAGGAUCACUUUAUUUAUAAAGGCUGGAAAACCAGUCAUUUUGUCUAUUUUUUUAAAUUAUAAACAUCAAGGAUUAACUGAUUGUUGUCAUGGUUUUCAUGUUUUUUUAAAAUUAUGUUAUCCAAUUUAAACCUGUUUUUCUUGUUUAUUUUAUAUUUCUCCUACCUUUGCUAUCAACAAACAUUUUAAUCUCAUACUGGUGACUAUGCAGCAAUGAAACGCAAAACGACUUGCCAGCAAAUAGAUGGGAGCACAGUGGGGCUGCAGACCAUUUUCUGCACCUGUGGUGAUUGGCAUGCAGCUUUUACUCCCUUUCCCAACUGGCCUGUACACUUCUGUCAAAUUCGACAGCUUUUUCUGAGCACAAGAUUCAGCCUCUUUGUUGGGAACAUAUUCUACAAUGCCCUCUAUGAGUGGGCUCUUGUCAUAGGCUUGUACGAGUUGUGGAUGCCAUAUUCAGUGGUGCAAGGGUUGAUGUUUGCCAAAUCAGGAGAAAGAGAAGUGGAGACCAGUAGUUGUAGCUUCAUAGUAGCAACCAUUAAAAAUCGUGCAAACAGUGUUUACCUGCAUGAUCUCCAUGUUCUCAUUAAUUUCUCUUCUCUAGGCUCUGCAGUUGUUUUACUUUGGUUUUUUUUGAAGUGAUGAAGUAGUAGGCUUGUGAAGAAGUAUGCUUACACUUAGUUUUAUUUUUUUGAGUAUAUCAUUAAGACUAUCAAUUAUAUUGAUCAGUUAAGUUUUGUUGGUGGUAGCAAUAAAAAUAUUUGUCAGGAAAUCUAAUUUUGUUUCCUUUGGUGGGGAAGAGGGAGAAAAGCUUAUGAGCCUCUUUUUACCUAUCAUUGAUUUAAUUUGUCACUUUCAUAUUUACAUUAUGAUCUUAUACGUGUUAAAGGGAUUGGAGGUAGCAUCUUGUAACAAUACAAAUUAUGAACUAAUCCAGUCAUUGUGACAUUGUUAAAUAACAUUCUCUUGUUUGCAUAAUAAUUGCUAUGACAGUUUACAAAAUAUUAUAACUUCAUGAUGUAGACACCGUGCAGUCGUUUGUAUUUCUGGUGUGUUUUCCCAUGGCAAUGAUAUGUUGAAUGUUUCAGCUAAACAUUUAUCUGAAGGAUAGCCAAAAUUAUUUUGCGCAGAUGAGAUGAAAUAUAUUAAUAACUAAGCAAGUGUUUGUUUCAGUCAUUUUAUUAUUCUGUUCCUUCUCAAUAUAAAUGCCUUGCCUGAUCUUAGAAAUUGCAUGGUGUAUUUGGUUGCUACAGUAUUUAUCUUCUAACAGCUUUUGCUGUAAUAUUUGGAUUGUGCAAUAGAACUGUUCUAGCAAGGCAGAUGCACAUACUUUUACUGCAUCUCCUUUCCUAGACUUACUCCAAGGAUUUAUUCUUACCACAAAGGUUGUGGCAUGGCAUGCUAGUCAUCAGUCUAUUCUUGCACUUCUUUAUCUUUUUGCAAGAUGUUAAUUAUUAUGAAGUACUUCUGGUGUUUGCUGCAAAAGGGUUGAUAUUACUGCACUGUAUUGUGAUACUUAAAGCAGUGUUUAUGUUCGAUGGUGUGGUAUGCAGGCACAUCUUCAUAGAUUCAAGCUUUUUGGAAAUCGCAAGGUUUUGGCUUUAAAUGUUUUUCAAGCAGGCUGCAACACUAGGGAAAGGGGUAGGGUUGUAGUUUUAUCAUUGUCCUUUUAAAAGGGUCUGAUGAAAAUAUUUAUUUCUUCUCCCUGUAAACAACUUUUAUGUUAAAUGAUCUUGAAUAUUGAUGUACAAAUUAUUUUACACAUUUAUUUUGUGUAUAUGUGUGUAGCCAUAGCCAUCUGGGCUUUCAGUGUUUACCCUAGCCUGCUAGUGUUUCUAGCUCUGCUAUAUGUGGCAAACUGACAGUACAGAUUUUGUGAUCCAUUUGCGUGUAUAUUUUAAGUCUGGAUAUGUAUAUAUAGACUUAAAGACCUUUCCAUCACUAACCUGAUCUGAUGUUUCCUCACACUUUUUGUUUCAAAUUUUAAGUUGAUUUCAAAAUAAAUGGUUAAAAUUUAG